AGGUCACGGCGCCAGCUGGAGCGCGCGGGCCGCCGGGAAUCCGUUCUGCGGCCCGCGCCCCCGGCCCACCGACCUCGCCCGGGAGCCAUGGAAGGAGUAAGCGCGCUGCUGGCCAACUACCCCACCGCCGGCCUGGCGGGCGGCCUAGGGAUCACGGCGUGCGCCGCCGCCGGCGUGCUGCUCUACCGGAUCGCGCGGAGGGUGAAGCCAACGCAUACUGUGGUCAACUGCUGGUUCUGCAACCACGAUACACUGGUGCCCUAUGGGAAUCGCAACUGCUGGGACUGCCCCCACUGCGAACAAUACAACGGCUUCCAGGAGAAUGGAGACUACAACAAGCCGAUCCCCGCACAGUACUUGGAACACCUGAACCACGUGGUGAGCAGUGUGCCCAGUCCCCGUGACCCCACACAGCCGCAGCAAUGGGUGAGCAGCCAGGUCCUGCUCUGCCGGCGGUGCAGCCACCACCAGACCACCAAGAUCAAGCAGCUGGCUGCCUUCACACCACGUGAGGAGGGCCGGUAUGAUGAGGAGAUUGAGGUGUACCGCCACCACUUGGAGCAGAUGUACAAGCUGUGCCGCCCAUGCCAGGCAGCUGUUGAGUACUACAUCAAACACCAGAACCGCCAGCUGCGCGCCCUGCUGCUCAGCCACCAGUUCCGACGUCGGGAGGCUGACCAGGCCCAUGGGCAGAGCUUCAGUUCCUCGGCAAUGAAGGCACCCUUCCAGGUCAUCCUGCUCCGUGCCCUGGCCUUCCUGGCCUGUGCCUUCUUGUUGUCCUUUACACUGUAUGGCCCCAGCGAACCCUUCACCCCAGGAGCCACCCUGCCCCUGGCCCUGCCUCCUGGGGGCAACAGCUCUGCUGCAUCCGACAACACCACUGCUCAGGCCGAGGGCUGGCAGCAGCUGCUGGGCCUGUUGCCAGAGCACGCCACAGAAAAGCUACGUGAAGCCUGGGCCUUUGGGCAGAGCCACCAGACCAGCAUUGUGGCAGUGGGCCUGCUCACCUGCCUGCUGGCCAUGCUGCUGGCUGGCCGUAUCAGCAGGCUCCGACGGAUCGAUGCCUUCUCUACCUGUCUCUGGGCCCUGCUGCUGGGACUGCACCUGGCAGAACAGUAUCUACAGGCUGCUUCACCAAGCUGGCUCGACACACUCAAGCUUAGCACCACGUCCCUGUGCUGCCUGGUGGGCUUCACUGCAGCUGUGGCUACAAGGAAAGCUACGGGCCCACGGAGGUUCCGGCCCCGAAGGUACUUCUCAGGAGACUCUGCCAACCUUUUCCCCUCCAGCCCCAGCCUGGCCGUGCCCUGCCCAAGCAUCACAACCUCACCAGCAUCUCUCUUCAUCCCCACCCCACCCGGCUUCCUGCCUCUUACCAAGCAACAGCUCUUCCGAUCUCCUCGUCGGGUCUCACCCUCCUCGCUGCCAGGCCGCCUCAGCCGGGCCCUCUCACUGGGAACCAUACCUUCUCUGACCCGGACAGACUCAGGAUACCUGUUCAGCGGGAGCCGCCCACCAUCUCGGGUGUCUCCACCUGGGGAGGUUUCUCUUUCAGAUUACUUCUCUCUGCUGUCGGGCAGCUUCCCCUCUUCUCCUCUCCCUUCUCCAGCGCCUUCUGUGGCCAGCUCCAUGGCCUCCAGCUCUGGCUCCCUGCGCCACCGCAGGCCCCUCAUCAGCCCUGCCCGGCUCAACCUGAAAGGGCAGAAACUGCUGCUCUUCCCAGCCCCUGGGGAAGGGCCCAGUACUCCCAGCAGUUCAGAAGAGCACUCACCGCCCAACAGCAGCCUCUUCAUUGAGCCUCCCCAGCUCCCCCAGAGGAAUCGCACACGGGACACAAAGCAUACUAUGGACAUGCGAUCGAUGCUGGCUAGAGACAGUGCCUGCAGCAGCCGCUCCAUCAAGAAAGAGGAGGACUCGUCCCAGUCCUCCACUUGUGUGGUAGACACCACCACCAAAGGGUGCUCCGAGGAGACUGCUCUCUGGAAAGCUCGUGUUGGCCCCUCUCUGGUCCGGGGCCUCCUGGCUGUGAGCUUGGCCGUCAAUGCAGUCUUCACCUCAGCCUACCUGUACCAGAGCCUGCGCUGACCACCUUGACUGCCCUUCUGGAGGGCACUGCCCAGGCGCAUGCUGCUUCCACCACUGCCGCUCAGACCCCUCCCUGAGGGCUCUGUCUCCGCCUUGACACCAGGGCCCUUGUUGAGUCCCUAACCUCAGGACACCUGCUGUCCCCCCAACAGACUGCCGACAUCAGCUGUGUUUGGUGCUGACACUCUGACCCUGAAGCAGGGACUUCUGACAGCUGCCCAGCCCCGGGGAUACUAGUGCUGCUGUAGAGGCAGCAGGGGCCAGCUGCCUCUGCCCUGCUGCUGCCACCCGGUCACAUCUUCUCUGUACUCCGAGACACCAGAGAUCUGCCUCAGUGCCCCGCCAAAAACCCAGAUGAAGAAGGCCCCACACCAGAGAGCAAGCCUCCCUGCAGCAGGCACCUGGCAGCCCAUCUUGCCCCUGACUGUUGGCUCCAGGCAGGGCUGAGCAGGUGGGAGCCUGGGACUCACAAGAAGUACCUGUGUUCCCUCUCCUCCUGAGUCCUGCCCCACUCACCUGUUCGGUGAGUUCUGGUGGCUGAGCAGGCAGCUCCAUUGCCCUGAGAGCACCAGAGUCCCCCAUGCCUGGCCGCCAGUUCCGCAUGAGCUGCACAGUUUAGACAAGACUGAACCCCUCUCCCUCUUUGCACUCAGACCCCUUUCUCCUUUGGUCCUCAGGCCCUACUGUUCCUUCCUUCAUCUGCCCCCACCUGUGUCCCCUUCAUGCCCAAUCAUGGCCCUGCUGAGGGCACUGCAGGCUUGGGUGCACAUCUGUCCCAUGAGGAAGGAGGAGGGACUUAGGCCUGACACUGGCCCUUUCGAUACCCUGGGGCCACGUGCCUGUGGGGUCAGUCCCAUCCCCAUCCCAGGCUUUGACCCCAGGCACGUGUGUAUGUGGGUGUGAGUGUGUUUUUGUGUGUCUUUGUGUUACACCGCUUGGGAUUUGUUUUGGGGG